AUGGUCCACGCUCUUGGCGAAACGUACACGCUCGCCCCAAGCGGCAAGCCCAUUGCGCUCUUCUUCUACCCCAAGUCUGGCUCCUACGGCUGCACCAAGGAGGCCUGCCAGUUCCGUGACGCGCUCGCAGACAAAGACCUGUUCAAGCGGUCCAACAUCGAAGUCGUGGGGAUCAGCUCUGACUCGGUUGACGCGCAGAAGACCUUCGUGGAGAAGCAGAAGCUGACGUACCCUGUUCUCAGCGACGAGAAGGGCGAGGUGCGGAAGGCCUACAGCGUCGGAAAGGGCCUUUUCGGCCUCGUCGAGACCGCGCGCGUGACAUUCAUCAUCGACUCCAAGGGCGUCGUCAGGGAUGCCCACGACACCACCUUGAACUACAGCGCGCAUGUCAAGUUCAUUUCCAAGUGGCUCGACAAGCUCGAGGCCGAGGAGAAGAAGGCUGCGGAGCCUACUGCUGAACCCGAUGCCUCCGCUGCCGCCCCGACCAUCGCCGCCGUUCCGGAGGGUGAGGCGAUCGGCGAACUGGGCAAAGCCGCUGAGGCCGUCCAGGCGUGA